AAACACAGUGUCAUCAUCUCCAUCCUCUGCUAUGACAUAUGGGACCUUUCCGACUCAAAUGUAGACGUGUGAGCUCCGAUCGUUUUAUUUUUUUUUUACCUCCAUGCUGCAUUGGCAGAUUUCGUCAAUCCAGCAAUGAAGAAGCGUUUGAUACAAAUAUUUGGCUUCUUGAUCACUUCUUUGGGAUGGCUGUUCAUUUUGUGCACCAUGGCAAUGGACUACUGGAGAAUCAGCCAGAUCGGAGGACAAGGCGGUUCCUUCAUAAUCAAGGUGGCCUGGUACUGGUCCAACCUGUGGAAGGACUGUUACACCGACUCCACUGCCGUCACCAACUGUAGAGACUAUGGGGUCCUCUGGAGUGUCUUGUAUUACGUCCAGGCAGUUCGGGGGUUGCUAAUGUGCGGCUUGACGAUUGGAUUCUUUGCAGUCGUGUGUUGCUUUGUUGGGAUGGAGUGCACUUACAUCGGUGGAGCGGAACCAACCAAAGACAAGCUAGUCUUUUCUGGAGCCGUUUUUCAUUUUGUUGGUGGUGUGUCAAAUCUUGUUGCCUACUGCUUAUACAUCAACAGAGUUGCCAGAUCAGCUUUUGCUACCAAUUUACCAGCAGGAGAAUUUAGGUAUGAUUUAGGACCACCCAUAUUUCUGGGUUUGGUGGGAUGUUUUUUAAUAUUUUUUGGGGCUGUUCUGUAUGCUGUGACGGUCAUCAAAGUAAUCUACCCUAAUAGAACAGUGAUAGAGGUAUAUGGCAGACCAACAUACAUGCCCCCAUCCUACAGAGGAAGAAGUUUGUACACAGGAUACUACGAACCCUCCCGAUUCUAUGGGUCUUACGCCUCAGGACGAUCAAGCACCAAGAUCUCAAGGCUGUCUCAAGCUACACCAAAACUGUCAGAAAGAGAUGCAUUUGUGUAGUACCGCAGCUCUUUCAAGACUUGCAAAGUUCUGCAGCAGGGUUGGAAGAAAGUGUAUAAUGUCUGACUAAACUGAAUGCAAUGAUUUUGUAUCAUUUUCUAUCAUUACUAUGUUUUUCGUCACUGCUUUUUAUCAAUUAGCCAAAAGGCAAAGUCUGAGUUUUUGGAUUUCACCAUUUUUAAACAAUUCAUAUGACACCAAGUAAGGAUUGUUGUGAAAUUGAUGUGAAAAUGUUCAAAUAUCUUUCAACUUGUAAGUCUGAGGUUGUGGCUUUUUAAUUGGAGAAAUGAGGUGUGCUCACUCUAGUCUCUCCCUCAAGCAGAGGUUCAAGUGUCUCUGUGUUUUGCUCAUGAAAUGCUGAUAGGUUAGAGAGGACGAUUCAUGGACAGAUUGGGUCCUAUUCUGCAGCAAAGUGGGUAAUUUCCCAAGCUAUCAGGGUGGAGUCAAAAAGUAAAACUUUCUGUUUUUACCCAAUUUCUGAUCUUCAACUUUGACCGUGAAUUGGGAGAGAUAAGUGUGUGGAUGGGAAAACUUCAAACUCCUGAGGAAUUUGAAGAAACUCAUCCACGGGCUCAGGGACACUUCUGAGAAACCAUGAACAAACACAGUAUGCAACAGUCGCUAAAAUAACAGUACCUAAUUUAUGCAAAUACACACAAAACUAAAAUAAACAGGACACAAAUCCCCUAGAGGGGUCUUCAGGUUUGCUUAAAAACAAGAAACUAAUGCAAAAGAUGUGAAUCAGUGCAAAAAGGAGAAGUGUAAGUAUAGAACUAAACAAUUAAUAUGUUACUUUUUUUCAUCACAGUAAACUUUUUUUUUAAUAAAAAAGAAAUCAAAUCAGAUAUUGACCAAAAAAA